AUGCGAAAUAUUGAUAAGGAUCGGAUGAUGAUCGAGUUCACUACAUCGCAUACCACAUGGAGUUUUAACCCACCAGCAUCCCCGCACAUGGGCGGAGCGUGGGAGCGCCUCAUCCGCACAGUCAAGCAGAAUCUAAACAAGCUGUUGCCGAACCGUACGCUAUCAUACGAAGUCCUGGAAAAUUUGCUGAUUGAGGUGGAGAACGUGGUCAACUCCAGACCACUAACUAGUAUCCCCAUAGAAGACGACGAAUCCCCGGUGCUCACCCCAAAUCACUUUUUACUCGGGUCGUCCAACGGUUUAAAGUCAUGGGUAUCCCUCGACGAUAGUCCGGCAGCUCUGAGAAAUUGCUGGAAGCUUUCCCAGAGUUUGGCCAAUCAAUUCUGGAUCCAAUGGGCUCGUGAUUACCUGCCGUCGAUUACUCGCCGAACAAAAUGGUUCAGCCCAGCAAAACCUAUCCAAGUUGGAGACAUCGUAAUCAUCGUAGACCCGAACUUCCCAAGCAGCUGUUGGCCGAAGGGACGUAUAAUAGCUACGAAACAAGGAGCAGACGGCCAAGUGAGGUGGGCCACAGUGCAGACUAUCAAUGGAAUCUAUGAACGCCCAGCUGUUAAAAUUGCAGUGCUUGACGUCGGCGUUAAAACGGAUACGCCUCAGGAGGACCAUUGGUGUAUUCGGAGGGGAGUGUUAAUCCCGCCACGUCAAGAUGUCCACUUAGCUCCAACUUCUGCGUUACUGCCAACGCUGAUAAAUGAGUGCGACCGCACCCUUGCACCUACAGAAGGAUCUUCGAUUGAGUGA